GCCGACCAUCAGCGGUCCGAUGAUACGCGUCGUCGGCGUGAGACCAGUCUCGACUGCGGUCAGAGGAUCCCGUUCGGUAGAUAUGGAGAACAUUUCUACUUCGUCUGUCUCCCCUUUCCAUCACCCCCAACUUCUAUGUCCCUGGCUGCUGUUGCCUUCUCGCUCUUUUUACCUUCGCUCGCUGCAGUUCUGACGGCCCAUCCUCAUCGCUCGCCGUUUCCUAUAUCACACACAAGAUUCCACAACUUUGCUGCAGAUGUCGAACCUGUGAGCUCUAGUGCUAGUGAGGAGCUGCCUUCUGCUGUCAUUGCGCCGUUCACAAGCACCGAAUCCUCUUCGAGUUCUUCUACCCUUUCAUCCUCACUCCCCACAUCAACCCUUCUACCGGACCUCCCUGACAAUGGCGGCAACACUUCCCCAGUCCCGUUCAUCAUAGCUGCCGUCCUGCUCGCCGUACUCUGUGGUUGUGCUAUCGCAUUUGGAAUCGUCAAGUGCCGCCGACAGCCACACACCAGUGGCAGACGGAUGCGACCAGUGUCCGCCUCACCUUCUGAGCGGUUGCGCACAGCGAUGGUCGGCCGAUGGUUUGUCUGGAUGCGUCCAAGCAUUCCUAGGGAGUCCUGGCAACCACCUCCGCCUUACGCGCCAAGACCGCCAUCUUAUACAGCCGAGGAUGGUGUCAGUCAUCCGACCAGCGACGAGAAGCAGGAGAAUCCGGGCGCCAGAGUUGUCGAUAGGCCAGUGCCAACAUCGCCCACCGUGACGACUCUCUCGACGGCCUCUACAUCUGACCAUCCGGACCACAAUUCACCAUGA